AUGGCUUUCCAAAGCACGCCAGAGCCAGCAACGGAACUCGGCCGCCACCGGAUAUUUUCCUCAACUGCAGCAAUAAGGGUCUCUCCUCUUCAAUUGGGUGGCAUGUCAAUCGGCGAGGCCUGGUCUGGUUUUCUUGGCUCCAUGGAUAAAGAGUCCUCCUUCAAGUUGCUUGACACAUACUAUGAAGCUGGUGGUAAUAUUAUCGAUACAUCCAACAACUAUCAGGACGAGCAGUCUGAGACCUGGAUCGGAGAGUGGAUGAAAGAACGCGGAGUUCGUGACUCCGUUGUAGUUGCGACCAAGUUUACCACGGAUUACCGAAGCCACGCCAUCGGAAAAGGCCCGCAAGCGGCGAACUUCAGCGGUAAUCACCGAAAGGUCAUUCAUAUGAGUGUACGGGACUCAUUAAGGAAGUUGCAGACCGACUACAUCGACAUCUUAUACAUUCAUUGGUGGGACCAGACGACUUCUAUCAAAGAGCUUAUGGACACUCUCCACAUGCUAGUAGAGCAAGGUAAGGUACUCUACCUAGGUGUCUCUGAUACACCAGCGUGGAUUGUUGCGGCAGCCAAUACCUACGCUGCCGACCAUGGAAAGACGCCAUUUAGUGUCUACCAGGGUCGAUGGAAUGUCAUGACCAGGGCAUUUGAAAGAGAUAUAAUCCCCAUGGCUCGGCAUUUUGGGAUGGCGCUUGCUCCGUGGGAUGUUUUGGGAGGAGGUAAGUUCCAGACCAAAGCAGCAAUUGAGCAGCGCAAAGAAAUAGGCGAACCCCUGCGCCUGCUCUCCGGAGCCUACCAGACGCCAGAAGAAGUGAGAAUGAGCGCGGCUCUGGCGAAGGUAGCCGCUGAGCACGGCAUUGAGUCUGUCACUGCAAUCGCACUGGCGUACGUGCUGCACAAAGCGCCGAACGUCUUCCCAAUUUUGGGUGGUCGGAAGGUUGAGCACUUGCAAGACAACAUCAGGGGGUUGAGCAUCAAGCUCACUGAUAAGCAAAUUACCUCACUGGAGAGCGUGCGACCGUUCCAGCUCGGCUUUCCUCAUGACUUCAACGGACCUGAUCCCAAUAUUGCGGGCAAGUCGGCUUGGCUGGCGCGCACAAGUCAUGUUGUCUUUCCAAAUGCCCAUCGACUGAAGUCAGUCUGA